AUGACGAAAUACCAAGAUGGCAUCUCAAAGACAUCAUCCAAUGUAAACAGGACACCAUCGAAUGUCAACAGGACACCACCCACUGUCAACUGGACAUCAUCCAAUGUCAACUUGACAUCAUCCAAUGUCAAAAGGACAUCAUCCCAUGUCAAAAGGGCACCAUCAAAUAUCAACAGGACACCAUCUAAUUCCAACAGGAUUUCAUCCAAUGUCAACAGGACACCAUUAAAUAUCAACAGGACACCAUCUAAUGUCAACAGGACAACUUCUUAUAUCAACAGGACACCAUCCAAUGUCAUCAGAACAGCAUCCAAUGUCAACAGGAUACCAUCAAAUAUCAACAGGACACCAUCUAAUGUCAACAGGAAAACAUCUGAUUAUAUCAACAGGACACCAUCUGAUGUCAACAGGAUUUCAUCCAAUGUCAACAGGACACCAUCCAAUGUCGAUUGGACACCAUCAAAUGUCAUCAGGACACCAUCCAAUGUCAACAAGACACCAUCCAAUGUCAACAGCACACCAUCCAAUGUCAACAGCACAACAUCUGAUUAUAUCAACAGGACACCAUCCAAUGUCAUCAGGACAGCAUCCAAUAUCAACAGGACACCAUCCAAUGUCAACAAGACACCAUCCAAUGUCAACAGCACACCAUCUAAAGUCAACAGGACAGCAUCUGAUUAUAUCAACAGGACCCCAUCCAAUGUUAUCAGGACCCCAUCCAAUAUCAACAGGACACCAUCUAAUGUCAACAAGACACCAUCCAAUGUCAACAGCACACCAUCUAAAGUCAACAGGACAGCAUCUGAUUAUAUCAACAGGACACCAUCCAAUGUUAUCAGGACACCAUCCAAUAUCAACAGGACACCAUCCAAUGUCAUCAGGACAGCAUCCAAUAUCAACAGGACACCAUCCAAUGUCAACAGGACACCAUCCAAUGUCAACAGGAAGACAUCUGAUUAUAUCACCAGGACACCAUCCAAUGUUAUCAGGACACCAUCCAAUAUCAACAGGACACCAUCUAAUGUCAACAAGACACCAUCCAAUGUCAACUGGACACCAUCCAAUGUCAACAGGAAGACAUCUGAUUAUAUCAACAGGACACCAUCCAAUGUCAUCAAGAUUUCAUCCAAUGUCAACUCGACACCAUCCAAUGUCAUCAGGACAACAUCAAAUAUCAUCAGGACACCAUCCAAUGUCAUCAGGACACCAUCCAAUGUCAUCAGGACACCAUCCAAUGUAAACAAGACACCAUCCAAUGUCAACUGGACACCAUCCAAUGUCAAAAGGACAUCAUCCCUUGUCAACAGGGCACCAUUAAAUGUCAACAUAAUACCAUAUAACAUCAACUGGACAUCAUCCCAUGUAAACAGGACAAUACCCAAUGUCAACAGGACACCAUCCAAUGUAAACAGGACAUCAUCCAAAGUCAACUGGACAUCAUCCCAUGUCAAAAGGACAUCAUCCCUUGUCAACAGGGCACCAUUUAAUGUCAACAUAAUACCAUCUAAUGUCAACAGGACAUCAUCCAAUAUCAACAGGACACCAUUUAAUGUCAACAGGACACCAUCUUAUAUCAACAGGACACCAUUUAAUGUCAACAAGGCACUAUUUAAUAGAAACAGGACAUCAUCCAAUGUCAACAGCACACCAUUUAAUGUCAACAUUAUACCAUCUUAUGUCAACAGAACACCAUCUUAUAUCAACAGGACACCAUUUAAUAUCAACAAGGCACUAUUUAAUGGAAACAGGACAUCAUCCAAUGUCAACAGCACACCAUUUAAUGUCAAUAAGGCACUAUUUAAUAGAAACAGGACAUCAUCCAAUGUCAACAGCACACCAUGUAAUGUCAACAGGACACCAUCUUAUAUCAACAGGACAACAUUUAAUGUCAACAGGACACCAUCCGAUGUCAACAGGACACCAUCAAAUAUCAACAGGACACCAUCAAAUAUCAACAGGACACCAUCUAAUGUCAACAGGACAACAUCUUAUGUCAACAGGACACCAUCCAAUGUCAUCAGGACUGCAUCCAAUGUCAACAGCAUACCAUCAAAUAUCAACAGGACACCAUCUAAUGUCAACAGGAAAACAUCUGAUUAUAUCAACAGGACACCAUCCAAUGUCAACUGA